AUGGUGCCUCUCAUUGUGAUAAGCAUGUUCUGGGGCUUCCUCAGCUUCUUGGUUCCCUGGUUCAUCCCUAAGAGUCUUAGCAGAGUAGUUAUCAUCACCAUAUUGGUGACCUGUUCAGUUUGCUGCUAUCUCUUUUGGCUAAUUGCAAUUCUUUUUCAUUUCUGUCCUCUCUUUGGACCACAGUUGAAAAAUUAA